AUGAACAAGGAACAGGAAUCAGGUAGAACUACGAUCCGGUCAAACUCGUCCGACGCGUGCUUCCAACAUUUUUUAUUUAUUUGUCUGCAUCGUCGGAUACCGCUGGGUGUGACGUCAGACGACCUAAACUGGUUGGCGAGGGAGCAGGGAUUUGCCUCGUAUCCUUCCGGUUCUGCAAGUGGUUCGGACCUGUUCUACAUUCAGUGGCUAUCCAGUUCAACUAACCAGACACUCGCUCUGCUGACUCAUGUUGUGGUGUACGCAACAAUUAGCGUACGUAUUACAGCGUCAUACUAUGCGCAGACGACCGCUGAUGUGUACCAUCAAAGGAGGCGCAAAGAAAUGAUGGAGGUCAGUGGUGACUCUUGGCGCACGUACUACUCGAGUGGUGAGCACCCACUCAGCUCGACCACAUCGGCGGUGCUGGGAGUGGCGGAUGACGCGCAGCCACAAUCACUGGUCACCGAAUAUUACAAGUUGCCGCCUUUGGGUCAAGACGCACACCUCAAUCUGCACAAGGAUGUGAAAAUAGACGUCUGGCCGGCCGGCGGGGCGCUGAAGGCGGCCAAUGGCGCGCACGGGGCGGAGCUGGGCGAGCUCUCGGUCCUGCUCCACGCGGGGAGCGUGAAGCGCGAGCCCGAGGACCUCAGCCGCAAGGUGGCCGACGAGCCCCAGCCGCACGCGCUCAAGCCGCCGCGACACAAGCAUACGAUGCGCCGAGCACACCGCUCGUGCCGCACUAGCCGCGCCCGCCCGCGCCCCCCGAACGGCCGGCCAGCGCUGCCCGCCCAGUGCGCCUCGCACUCGUACCGCGACCACCUCGCGGCCCCCAUGGGAUUCUGCCCGUUUGCCCUG